GAAACCAGAAAAAAAGUUUCAGGAAGUUACCUUAGAGCAGAGAAACUGGCGAAUAUAGAGCUUUACAAUCUGACAAGAGUACAUAAUAAUCAUAGAUUGAAGCGUUCUCGGAAUAGAAAUUGCAUUUAUAUAGCCCUCUCACACACGGGAAAUAAUUCGGCAUGUUACACGUUUGGUAAACAAAACACCAUGACCAGCUUUUAAGUCUCUAAUAGACACAGGUCUGUAAAUUAGCAACCAGGAAGUAAAACGCUCUGCCAGGAUGAGUCGCCCUCCCCCCCAGCAGAUUCAGACCAGUGGCCCCUGGGAGAUGAAGGAGCGUCUGGGGACGGGGGGCUUUGGAAACGUCAUGCGAUGGCAGAACAAGGACACAGAGGAGCAGAUCGCCAUCAAGCAGUGUCGGCAGGAGCUGAGCCUUCGUAACCGCGAGAGGUGGUGCCUGGAGAUUCAGAUCAUGAAGAAGUUGAAUCACGUCAACGUGGUGGCAGCGCGGGAGGUUCCCGAGGGGCUGCAGAAACUCAACACCAACGACCUGCCACUUCUCGCCAUGGAGUACUGCCAGGGAGGGGACCUGCGCAAGUACCUGAACACUCUGGAUAAUUGCUGCGGGAUGCGGGAGGGCUCGAUUCUGAUCCUGCUCUCAGAUAUCGCCUCGGCGCUGCGCUAUCUCCACGAGAACAGGAUCAUCCACCGUGACCUGAAGCCGGAGAACAUCGUGCUGCAGCAGGGGGAGCAGCGGCUGAUCCACAAGAUCAUUGAUCUGGGCUAUGCCAAGGAGCUGGACCAGAGCAGCCUGUGCACCUCCUUUGUGGGAACCCUGCAGUACCUGGCUCCGGAGCUGCUGGAGCAGCGCAAGUACACGGUGACGGUGGAUUACUGGAGCUUCGGCACCCUGGUGUUUGAGUGCAUCACCGGCUUCAGACCCUUCCUACCCACCUGGCAGCCCGUGCCCUGGCACACCAAGCUGAAGCUGAAACAGGAAGAUGACAUCGUGGUUUAUGAAGACCUGAGUGGAGAGGUGAAGUUCUCCAAACACCUGCCCUACCCCAACAACCUCAACAGGUUCCUCUUGGAGAAGAUGGAGUGCUGGCUGCAGACCAUGCUGAAGUGGAACCCCCAGAAGAGGGGCACAGACCCCACGUACGGACCCAACGGCUGCUUCAAAGCGCUGGACGACAUCCUGGGACUGAAGCUGGUUCACGUGCUCAACAUGGUGAGCGCUGAGAUCCACACCUUCCCCGUCACGGACCGGACCAGCGUGCCGGAGCUGCAGGAGCGAAUCGCCAUCGAGACGCACAUCGAACCGGCCAAUCAGGAGCUGCUGCUGGAGGCGGGGCUGCCCCUCGACCCCCAGAAAGAGGCUGCGGAGUGCGCGGUCGACUACAAGCUAAUUGAUGGCCGCCGGACUGACAUGCCGCUAGUCUUCCUGUUCGACAGGAGCAAGAGCAGCUACGAGCCCCAGUUCAGCCAGAGGCCCAUGCCAGACAACAUCAAGUUCGUGCAGACAGACCCGGAGAAGGUGCUGCCGUACAGUCCGCUGAGACGCACGUGGAGCCAGGCAUGGCACACCACCCGCACCCUGAAGGAGGACUGGCAGCGCGUCCAGCAGGGGCAGAAAGCAGCGCUUAUGAGCCUCUUGCGGCACAAUGGCACUCUGUCCAAGCAGAAGAACGAGAUGAUCUCCAUGCAGCAGCGGCUCAAGGCCAAGCUGGACUUCUUCAAGAGCAGCAUCCAGCUGGACAUGGAGAAGUACCUGGAGCAGAAGGGCAGCGGCAUCGCCUCAGAGAAGAUGAUUUCAGCCUGGCGGGAGAUGCAGCAGGCAGCGCUGAGCUGUGGGCAGAUGGAGGAGGUGACUCAACUGGAUAUCCAGAUGAUGGCGCUGCAGACCGACAUCGUGGAUCUGCAGAGGACCCCGCCAGGGUGGAAAUACGGAGACGCACUCGAUGGGCUAGAGGCGAAAUCCAUGGAGCUGUACCGCAGACUGAGGGAGAAGCCUCGAGACCAGCGCAGCUCCGGUGACUGCCAGGACAUUGUGCGUCUCGUGGUUCAGGCCGUGCAGAUCUACGAGAAGAAGCUGAAGGAUUUCUACACACACCUCAGUAAGACGGUGGUGUGCCGGCAGAAGGUGAUGGAGCUGCAGCCCCAGGUGGAGGGGCUGCUUCAGCAGAUGAGCGUGAGUGAAGGGAUGGUCCGGAGCCUGCAGGAGAGGAGGCAGAAGGAGCUCUGGAACCUGCUCAAGGUGGCCUGUAGUAAGGUGCGCAGCCCGUUGAGUGGCAGCCCAGAGGGGGGAGCCCCGUCCCAGCUCGUCUCUCCCGGGCGAUCCCUGAACAGGACACUGCCGGAUGAGACCCGCUGCAGUGACGACUCUCUCCUGGUGAUCGAGGAGAGCAAGGCCUUCGAGAGCCGGUUGCAGAGCCUGGUUCAGGAGACGCUGGAGGAGCAGGAGCGGGACAGCAAGGUCCUGCAGCAGUGGGACUGGCUCUACGAAGAGGAGGAGCUCUCCAGGCUCGAGGCACAGGAGAGUCUGUAAAGAACCGGAGCAGCACAGUGUGCUGUACGUGGUCCCCUUUGCCUUGACUGACAAAAGCACACAGACCAGAGGUUGCGAGAACGCUGAACGUUUCCCGAGGCGUGCAGCAGCACCACCCUCUUGUGGAGAGAAUCCGGUACUGCAGCUUCCGUGCUUCUAGUUAAGAGGGCUGGUUAUUUAUUAUGUUGCCGUUUCUGUCGGGUUACCAGUGCUGGCUGAACACGGCACCAAACCCAGGAGUAGAAACCCGGCAAUGUGAUCAUCCCAUUGGUCCUACUGGCUCACCCUGAGAAGUGGAGAUUCCUGACAGACGCAAUGCAAUGCAAUGUGCCUACAAUAUUGCUGCUUAUAGCUUGUGUCACUGUAUGUUUGAAGUGAUGGUGGGGGGAGUCUGUUUCUAUUAACAGGUACUGCAGUCAUUGUGUAUAUAAAGGUUUUUUGCCCUAUAAAUUAGUUUGGUGAUGAAGAUUGUGAAGCAGGAUUAAAUGCUGUCUAGAAAUUAUUAUUUACAGGAUCUCCUGGAACCCGAUUCUCUGUUCAACCCACUCCAACCUUUGACUCCCACAUAAACCCAGGAUUACUGCUUCUGUACUUAAAAGGUCAUGAAAAUCGAAUGCAUUGUGAAUUCCGACAGGAGAGGAGCUUACUGGCUUAGGGCAGGGGGCUGGGCAAGGGAGACCAAAAUAAAUCUCUCAAUGCAAACUCAUUUUGUAUUCAUUUCUUUAUUUGAAUUCAAGUUCGGAGCUCCCAGCACAACAGGUGUUUAAGAAUUGUACAAAAAAAAUAAAAAAAAAUAAAAUAAAAUAAAAGAUGACAGACGAAGGUGUUCCAACAUGCAGGUACAGAAAUGUCAGUAAAUAAUAAUAAUUUGGAGCGAGUGCUUCACAAUUAGAAUGCAACGCUAUAUACUGUUCUCUAGAAAAUGGUAAUAAUUUAAUAGCAAUAGGGCUGCAAUUGUGGCACAUCACAAACCCAGGCUUCCCUCCACAACGGCUGAACACCAAGGAGUUUAAAAAGAAAGAAAUAU